CACCAGCAGCAGUCAUCGUGGUGGCAUUGUGUCUGUGGGUCACUAGUGAGCAGCAGAGCUUCUCAUGAGCUCUAGUGCAGCCCCAGAAGUAUCUUCAGCUCCCUCACAGCCUCAGCUCCGCAUUAAGUGUGAUUAACAGUGUAGCGAUAAAAUCCGCAUUUAGGUUUGUAAUCGUGCUUGUGACUCGGGUUCCUGAAGCACACUGCUUAGCAGAAAGAAGAAAGAUUUUGGGUAUUUGCCCCAAGGGGUAUGAGAAGUGACUAUCAUACGUCGUAGUGGUCUCUCUGAAACAGACAAUACGAGUACCUUUCCAGAUAGUGAAGUUACUCCUCUGUGUAAAGUCUCUUGCAGUCAUGUGGAGGAAAAACUUCUAAUUAGGUGACUGACCGUACUAGGAAGAAAUAAAAUGUGUAACAGCCCAUAGGCUAGAGAAGACGUUUGUUUGGUGCGGCGAGACGUCGGGGACUUCAACGAGGAAGCCAUCCACUCAGGGUUAAGAAACCUACAGAAGAUGGAGGAUAAGGAAGAGAGAGGACUCUGCUCUCACUUGUCCCCCGAUGGGAACACGAUCCCACAGGAGGAAGACUUGGCCAGCCCCCUCAACACAACAUACAGCGAGGACAACAAGAACUUUAAACGCUCCGUUCAGGAUGCCGGCGGAGGUUUCGACGAAGCCCUGGAGAUGGCUGGGUCCUGGGGUCUCUGGCAGAAGAGAGUGUUUAUCAUCUCGCAUUUCUCACAGGUGUUCUGCGCUAUGCAUGCUGUCUCUUCAGCAUUCCUGAGCUUCACGCAAGAACACUGGUGUCGGGUCCCUGGCCUGGAAGAGGCCCUAGACCAGCUAGAAGACCCUUCGGUCUCCUCCGUCAGUCUGAAGAACAUCUCUAUACCCUGGGGCAACAAGACUGGGUACGACAAGUGCACUUACUACGACUUUAACUAUACAACACUAGUGCCUCAGCUGAUAGAAGGCCAGGAGCUCGAAGUCAACCUCUCUCACUCCUUCUACAACGCCUCCACAGCCUCCUGUGACUCCUGGGAGUUCGACACCUCAGUGUUUAAGCUAACUUUAGUCUCCGAGUUCUCGCUGGUGUGUGGUCGACGAUGGCUGAUGGCAACUGUACAAGCAUCGUACAUGAGCGGUCUCCUAAUUGGCUCUCUGGUCAUGGGUCAACUCUCAGACAGGUUUGGUCGCCGCACCAUGGCGGUGCUGUGUGCUCUGGCGACAGCUGUGGUGGGCACAGUGGCUUGCUUCGUCAACUCCUAUCUGGAGUUCCUGGCCCUGAGAUUCAUCCUCGCCUUCGUCUGCUCCGGCAUGAUGAUUAUCAACUUCGUCCUGGUAAUGGAGAUUGUCAAGCCAGAAGCACGCACCAUGACAGGCAUGAUGUAUGCAUUCUUCUUUGGCUCGGGCAUCGCUAUCCUACCAGGUAUCGCCUUCUUCAUCAGGACCUGGCGAUACUUGGAGCUGGCUAUUGGCCUGUCCUCCUUCAUCCUCGUUACUUACUACUGGAUCCUUCCGGAGAGUCCUAGGUGGCUUGCGUCUCAGGGCAGGGUGGACGAGGCUCUCAAAAUCCUGAAGAACAUCGCUCGAACCAAUGGGAAGAAACUGGCCUCUGAUGAGUGCAUCCUAAAACUCAUCACAUUGGACCACUCUAAGGAUCCCGAGUUUAGUGAAGCUCGACCUGCUAGAUGGUACAGUUUCAUAGUUAACACUCUGCGAGCCCAGGUUACACUAGUUCGAACCCCGGUGAUGCGUCGCAGAUGUUUCAUCUCCUUUUUCCUGUGGUUCGUCUCAGCCAGCGUCUACUACGGCCUCAUCUUCUCCGGUGCCAACAUCAAGGCCGAUCCUUUCCUCAUGAUCUUCAUCUCGGGAUUAGUCGAACUGCCAUCUGCUUUCGUCUUCAUCUCCGCCUUGGAUAAGUUGGGUCGCCGGCCCACCAUGAGUGGACUUUUCGCUGCCUGUGGUGCUUGUCUGCUGGCCAUCCUUGCUGUUCCCGAGGGUAAGAGAGAGACAGAGAGAAUGUCUCGUAACAAAAAAUUUAUUGGACAUAAUGCUGUUUCAAAUAAGCAGAGAUCAGAUCUACGUGAACUUCUUCCUGGUGAACCUGGGCAAGUUUUUCACUACGGCGGUGUUCCAGCAGCAGUACCUCUAUACCGGAGAACUAGUGCCUACCCACGUUCGAAACAUUGCAGUGGGCACCAGCUCAAUGAUAGCCAGGAUUGGCUGCGUCAUCACCCCCUACAUCAUCACUCUUCUCGGGGAUGUUCACUACGCUCUUCCUUCAACGAUCUUCGGGAUCGUCUCUCUUGUGGCUGGCCUCCUGACCCUCAUGCUCCCAGAGACCAACCACAAACCACUCCCGGAGACCGUGGCCGAGGUCGAGGCCAUGCCUAGGUAAGAAGUCUUGGUCAUCCAGCAGAUGGAAGAAAUGGGAGUGAGGCAGAAAGAGGAAGAGGACCACGAUGGGGAGCCUAGUCAAGGUUCUGGCUCUACCCAAAAUCUUCCUAGCACUGCUUGGGAAAAGGAAUCUGUGGUGGCUAAAGAAGAUGACAGUAACUACGACCCAGGAAGAAAACUAUGUAUCACACGACGAAGCAAAACUUGCAGUGCGAGAUUAAAACUUCGAUGGAGAAGAUCGAAAAACAAGAGAAAAAUUGCGGCUGGAGUUUUAAGCUAACAAACGAUUAUGAAAAUGACAAGAGUUCCAUCCUACUUUGUAACAGCAUCAAGAAAAACAAACGAGACUAUAAAGACAAAAUCUUGUAAGUGUCUUGAAGGUUGUUACCAGGGAGAGUCGUAUUACCAGUAAGAAGCUGUAAUACCUAAAGACAGAUAUUAUCCACUAGGUCGGUGACUAGGAAAACGUAAUGGCAGAAAAGUCACUCAUGCUACGAGGACACAGUGGUUUUGAUUAACCUCUUGCGGCUUUAACUGUGAUGUGUUAAUUAAUUUCGGAAAAGGUGUUUUAAGUGUAGCUUGACUUGGUCAUUAAGAGAGAUGGGAGUGACGGCUGUGGUGGAGAGAGUGCAGCCGUGGUGUGGAUGAAAGGACUGGCUGAACUGAUGUCUAGUUGAAAUGAAUGGUUGUGAAUGUUGUGUGGAAAGCUGUUGGGUGAAAGGCUGUGGGCUUGGAUGAUGGUUACAUCCGGGGUCGAGAAGAGUUAUUACGAGUUUUGAAGUUAUGACGGCAAAAGAAUGUGACGAGAUCUACCUGGAGGGUAUUCCGGGGAUCAAUGCCCCCGCGGCCCGGUCCAUUACCAGGCCUCCUGGUGGAUCAGGGCCUGAUCGACGAGGCUGUUACUGCUGGCCGUACGUAGCCCAACGUACGAACCACAGCCCGGCUGAUCCGCCAAUGAUCUGGAUUUGAUUCACAUACUGGAUGUUGUUCCUCCCCAUCUCUCCCUUCCCAUCUCCUGACCCUUCCCAUAAAUCCUUUUCUUUCUCCCAUUCACUUUUACUACUCCACACUCACUGCCCCCUUUUAUCCUCACUCCAUCUCAUCUUUCUGGUUCUCUCUCUCUCUCUCUCUCUCUCUCUCUCUCUCUCUCUCUCUCUCUCUCUCUCUCCUCUCUCUCUCUCUCUCUCUCUCUCUCUCUCGCCUUAGGAAACACUCCAGAACCUGUUUACAAAUCGGAGUUAAAUCUCCAGAAGCCUGAGGCUCGGGAUGGGAACACGAGUGAGAAAACGUGAUAUAAAUGGCACUUGCUCAAAAAGAAUUAAAAAUACCUCUGGCUGAGUUUAGUUAGUUUAAUAUGUUUAUUAUGCACCCCAUACCCAUCCUGUGGGCGGUAGUCAAAAGAUUACAGAGGUACAUAAUUGGUCCAGGGACUGGACUCCAAAGUUUUGAUAGCUGAGCAAGUUACAGAGGUAAUGAACUCACAAUUUACAAAGGUAAUGAACUCACAAAUUACAAAGGUAAUGAACUCACAAUUUACAAAGGUAAUGAACUCCAGGUAAGUCUGGUCUGAAGAAAGACACACGUCAUUAAAGCUUUACACAGAGCGAAACGUUGUUCCAAUAAAAGCUUGUUCUACAACGUGCGUCUUUUCUUUACUAUUGUUGCCGCUACGGCACUUGGAUCCAAUGUUUUAUUUAUAGUAAUAAAUAAUUUAACUACACUCUGCAAUUUUAUUUUGUUUAAAAAAGAUUAUUACUUUAUUUUACCGGGUCAUUUUUAUAAUAUAAUAAAGAUAUAUAUAUAUAUAUAUAUAUAUAUAUAUAUAUAUAUAUAUAUAUAUAUAUAUAUAUAUAUAUAUAUAUAUAUAUAUAUAUAUAUAUAUAUAUAUAUAUAUAUAUAUAUAUAUUAAACUGUUCAUAUGGUACCUAAAAAUGUUCACAAAUAUCUUAAAGUGCAAAGAUGUUAGAGAAAGUGUACAGACGUUACCUAAAGUGUACAGACGUUACCUAAAGUGUACAGACGUUACCUAAAGUGUACAGACGUUACCUAAAGUGUACAGACGUUACCUAAAAUGUACAGACGUUACCUAAAAUGUACAGAGGUUACCUAAAGUGUACAGACGUUACCUAAAAUGUACAGACGUUACCUAAAGUGUACAGACGUUACCUAAAAUGUACAGACGUUACCUAAAGUGUACAGACGUUACCUAAAGUGUACAGACGUUACCUAAAGUGUACAGACGUUACCUAAUGUGUAUAUAUUGACUUAUUUAUGGUAUAAACAUAGUUUGUAAACUGGCUUAAGUUCUGGUUGUAAAAUUUGCCAUUUUUAUAUUAUUUUUUAUAAUUUAUCACUCUCCGCAUUGUAAAUAAUACCUUGUGCAUAUUGCGCAUGACAGUUAUUAUUACAGUUAUGGGUAAUUAUAUUUUGUCUUUUGAUAUGUAUAACUGAAACCUUAGUGAAGGAAUCUGCUGAAAAAAAUUGCUGUUUAUUUCCUCUGUUUACUGGAUUCCACGAAUGUUAUUUAUUGUGUUUAUGAUUAAGAAUUUAAGAGACUUAUAGAGGUAAAUUUCACAAUCUCUCUCUCUCUGUCUGUCUGUCUCUCUCUCUCUCUCUCUCUUUUCCACACGGUUUGACAAGGUUAGGUUAAGGAUCCCUAGCUUUAUUGACAAGUUAUUUACAGGUUAAGGAUUCCUAACUUUAUUGACAAGCUAAGAGCUGCUACCUACAUCAGCUCAUUUGAAAGCAUUUUUAUUCUCUCUCUCUCUCUCUCUCUCUCUCUCUCUCCUCUCUCUCUCUCUCUCUCUCUCUCUCUCUCUCUCUCUCUCUCUCUCUCCUUGUAAGAAUAAAUGGGUUUCACAUUGUUAGUCUAAGACAUUCUAUUAUUAAAUCACAAGAAAAGAGCUCUUUUCUAUCUCAACUUAUUUAAAAACCUUUCCACAACCUUAUCUUUGCAUGCAAUAAGAUCACAGUAAACAGGUGAUGUCACAAUAUACAAACAAACCACUGAAAAAAAUAGUGAAAUUCCAAGCGCUUUCGUGAUUUCUCACAUUAACAACGACCUGAUAAUGAGAAAUCAGGAAAGCGUUUGGAAUUUCACUGUUUUGUCAGAGUGGUUGUUUUGCAGCUUUAUCUGUAUUAAAUCUUUAUUGUCAUGACCCUUAAGGGUCAAAACAACUUUGGGACCAUAAUAAAGUAUGAGAGUCCUCACAUGAUCCCUCAGUUAGAGUCCACAAUGAGUUUUUAGGAUUCUCCAUGGGUCCCUACCAGGCUAUAAGGGGUAAUUAUGAACCGUUAAAUCAGUUCCCACAAUACUCUAAUAUAUCAAAGAUAUUGGUUAUUACUCCAUGGUAAUUAGGUCAGCUCGUCCCAUAUUUUUGUUACGGUGUGAAGGAACAGUCAUAGCAAUGUAAGUAUGUCUUAGUAAUGCGGGAGGGUUGAAUGUGUGUGUGUACAUACAUAAAUACAUACUGCCAGAUUAGCAAUAUGACUGUCAGUGUGUUCCCUGGAGUGACUGUGUCAGAGCCUCUCUUGCCAGACUAGCAGUACGACUAUUAUUGUGCGCCAAGAAAUGACUAUCAGUCCGUGGAUGUGCACUUCAAAUUCUAGAACAUCUGAACCCCUGUAACCAAGGUAAGUGCAAGUUAUUUAACCUUUGGUUUGUCAAGUUAUGAAAGUGAUAAUUGUUAUAAGUUAGGACUUUCUGCUAAAUAGAUAUUAUUAUUGUUGCCGUAAUGUUUUGUUUUGUAAUCUAGUGAAUUAUAUUUGAUAUUUUCUUUAAAAUUUAUUACUUAAAACUUAAUACAUGGUUUGAUGACUCUUCAAGCUUGUUUAAAAAUAUACACUCUUGGAGUCAGUAAAGAGUUUGGAGUCUUGAGUGUUAAAAUAAGAGACUAAGUAGCAGGUACAAAUACAACAGGGGAAUCCUAAUUAGAAGUAGUAGUAAUUGUAGUUGAUGUAAUAGUACCAGUAACUGUAUUCUCUAAUCCACCAAUAAAGGGUAUUUAA